AACCGAUUUAAAUCGGGAAGGACGCCAGACUGUUGCCAAAUCGCAGAGACCAAACCUAACUGUUGACGCUACUGUCAUCUCGGGUUCAUUCAACCAAACAAUCACCAUUUUUUUUUUGGAUUUUCCACGUGGAAUGUCAACUCAACCUCAAAUGUCCUCAUCAACAACCAACAUAACCUGUAUAUUUUGAACAGGAAUUUGGGRUAUAAGCAGCCRCUAAAUUAGAGCGUAAAAGAGCACAAUACCAGCCGAAUGGCUCAUUUUAAGCGUUUGAACACUAAAAUCUACGAGGCGAAAGGCCCUGAUGUGACCCCAGAUUUUAUUUACUGGAAGCAGCUGACGCAACCGGUUUUGGUCAAAGAAUUCGGCCCAAUCGACCAUAUAGAUUUUUCGCCAAAGGAGCCCCAUCAUUUCGCAGUAACAUGUUCAGUUAGGGUGCAAAUUUACAACCCCAUCACUAAACUUGUGACCAAAAAUCUGUCGCGGUUUAGGGAAAAUGCGUAUGGGGCUGUAUUCAGAAGCGAUGGCACCCUCAUUGUGGCCGGCGGCGAAGAAAAAAAUAUUAAAAUCUUUGAUGUGUCCACAAAGAGUAUGUUAAGGUUGUUUAAGGGUCACUCCGCCCCAGUGCACAGAGUAGCUUUUGUAAAUAGAGAACCACAGAUAGUCUCAUUUUCCGAUGAUAAAUCUGUUAAGGUCUGGGAUAUUCCCACUGAAAACACUCUGCAUACUUUUGAGGGACAUAAUGAUUAUAUUCGGGCAGGCCAAGUUAGUCCAGAUGUUCCAAAUAUUGUACUGUCCGGCAGCUAUGAUAGUAUUAUCAAAAUGUGGGAUACGCGGACGGCUAAAGAAGUCAUGACAAUGGACCAUAAAAGCCCUGUAGAAUCCCUACUGUUCAUGCCCAAUGGGGGGAUGUUUUUGAGCUCCGGUGGCACAGACAUCAAGAUUUGGGAUGUUUUAGCCGGAGGUAAACUAAGAGGCGCUUUAGCUCAACACCAUAAAACUGUAACUUGCUUAAAGUUGGGUUCAGGUGGCAAACGAUUGCUCUCUGGCAGUUUAGAUAGACAUGUGAAGAUAUAUGAUGUUUCCACGUUUAAGGUUGUGCACACGCUGGACUUUCCUAACGCUAUUCUAAGCUUGGGAAUUGCACCGGAUGAUUCCACGGUGGUAGCAGGCUUAAGUGAUGGAGUGAUCGCUGUGCAGAGGCGAAGUGAAGAAACCACAUCGGAAAAACGACCGAAAAAAGUGGCCUUUAAUUACAAAUUCCAUGACAUUCUUUCCAAUGUAGAUGAAAUUGUACCCGAUUUACAAAAUGAAAAAGAAGCCAAAUAUGAUUACUACUUCAGAAAAUUUGAAUAUGCCAAGGCUUUAAAAGCCGCCUUAAUGCCCUACGUCGUAAAUAAACACCCGGAAAGGACUGUGGCCGUUCUUCGGGAGCUGCAGAAAAGGAAAGGACUUCCGAAGGUGUUAAAAUAUAAAGACUCAAAUCUCCCUAAUUGGUUAACAACGAUUAAGCAAUUGGUUAGAUUUUUUAUUAGCCACAUUACCGAUCAGAGGUUUACUAGAUUCCUAGUGUCCAUAGCAGACGAAUUUAUCGAUAUCAUAGCAGACCGGGUAGACGCUUUGCCUUCAGACAUUGGUUUACUCUUGGUGCAAUUGUACGAAGUUUUAAACCGAGAGAACAACCUCGCCAUGGAGCUAGCUAUGGUUGAAGGGAUGAUGCAAACCUUACUAUAUGCUCAAGUAACAGCGGAAACCGACAAUGAAAUCAAUUAUAAACUGGUUAAAACAGGUGAAAAUAACGCAAUUUCAGCUAAAUAGAUUUUAUUACCAUA